AUGUAUACUCUGUCAUCUAAUGAAUUUAUUAAAAAUCCUGACAUCUAUCUGUUACCUGGUAUAACUCCUGAAACAAUUGAAACUUGUUCUCAUCUUCUUCAACAGAAUCACGAGAAUUAUCAUAUCUUCUUCAAUAUUCAAAAUGGUUUUCACAAUCAUACCACACAUAAUCUUUUAGCUGCAUUAGGUCUUGGUGCUUCAUCUCAUACAUUGGAACAUAUCUAUGAAAAACAGAAGAAAAUUCAACAGCCUAUAGUUCCACUUCAUAAAAAGCAAGAUUUCGACGUAAACAAAUGUUUAGGUGAUGAUAAUUACUAUCAUGAUUAUUUAGAAUUCUUUACAAAAGAAUUGAACAAUGAAAAAUAUCAAGGAAAAAUUGAAGAUUUAAUUGAAGAUUAUUUAUUCAAUAAAGAUUAUCUUGUUCUCAUAUUAGGUGGUGCUUAUCAUGCAUUUAUUCAUCUUGGAUAUGCCUUAGAAUUUCAAUCGAAAGUAAUGGCCAUUGAAGGUUUAGCAAUGGCAGCAAUUGAUCGAGUUAGUGUUAAAGAUCUUUUAGAACAUUUGAAUUAUAAUCAGACUAGAGAUGGUGAUAAAACAGCCUUAGACAUUAUUGAAUUGAUUGUCAACGAUCAACGUUUUGACGAUAAAGUUCUUUAUACAGAUGAAAGACCGAAGACAAAUAAAUUAUUGGAAAGAGGUGGUGGUCCAUUAAUUGCAGAAUAUGCUCAAAUGUGGAAACCUGAUUUAGAUGAUGCUAGACGAGCUAGUAUCUUAGUGAAUGCAGCUGUUAUACGACCAAAAAAAUCUCCUCGUCUCGACUUCUACCUAAUGCAUGCAACAACAAGUAGUCUAUUCUUAAACAUAUUGGUUCAUUCAUUAAAAAAUAAAGAAAAUCAAUUAAAAUUGAUGAGAGCCAAAUUUGCAGUUGAUCUUCUUUACUAUGUUGCACGUGGACGACCUAAAUUAAAUUUAAAUUAUUUAUGCAAUGAAUAUCAAGUAUCAAAAGAACAUUCAUAUUCAGAUGCACAAAAUCCAUGGUUACCUCUCAUUGAUAAAUGUUUGACACAUCCAGAUGAACAUGUACUAAAGACAAUACGAGCAUUGAUCUAUGCAGAAAAAUUUGAUAGUGCACAAGAUAAAGAUAAAUUGCCUUAUUUGAAAAUUGCACAAAUGAUAAUGGAUGCUUUAUUUCCUGCUGAUAAGAAAAAUUGGGCUCAUGAAGAUAUUAGUUCGGAUGAAUAUUGGAAGACGGUGGAAGAUUUGUAA